AGGUACAACUCGCGCAUGUCCGUAUCAACUCUUCCUUUAUCCUGUCGACAGAAGCCCAAAUAAAACAACCUGACAGACAGGUCCCCGUUUCCACGGCAAGAGUCAACAAAGGCGGGCUAACAAACCAGGGGUCAGCCUUCUUCAAGGUGCUGGCAUAUCGGCGAGUUAUAUAUGUAAUACGUCCUGCGUUUAAACUUCUUUUAAAAAUGGGGUGCGGAGCUAGCAGUCCUCCUCCAAAAGUGCCUGACACUUUCACUCCCUCUCAACAGGCAGAGAACGACCAGACCGUGGGUACGGCAGAACGUUUGGCGGGUUUGGACACGAGUCCCGUCCGGGAGGGAGGUUUGAAGACAACAGAGGUGAAGCCAGUGGAGCGGAUCAGUAUUCUGAACACAAGUCCUGAUCCUGGCGACGAGGAAAAAGAGACGCUUCCUGCAGUGGAUUUGGAAGAAUCUUCGAAAAGUUUGAACACGUCCUCUAGCCCAGAGGAAAACUAUGCGACACAAGGUAUGGAUUCCGUAAAUGACCCGAGACCGAGAAAUCUUAGCACGAAUUCCACGUAUCAGGAAAAACAUGUGACUCCAACUGUAGGCGUGGAAAAUGUAGGCGUGGAAAAUGUAUCGCAUUUCAACAUUUCGGACAUGCAUUAUGACAAAAUCAUCGGUGUUGGGUCCUUCGGAACAGUCUACCUGUCCAGAAAUAAGAGAUCCGGAACCCACUUUGCUUUGAAACGGUUGAAAAUGAAGGAAGUAAUAGAUUUGCAACAGGUAGAGCAUGCCAACAACGAGCGAUGGGUUUGGGCUGGUCUUCGUCAUCCUUUCAUAUGCCGGCUUUUUGGCACUUCACGUGAUGACAGAUAUCUAUAUCUACUCUUGGAGCUUGCUCAUGGGGGAGAGCUGUUCUCCAUGCUGAGGAAAGAGGGGAGGUUUUCCAACGAUACAGCCACAUUUUACGCCGGCGAAACAGCUCUCGCGCUAGACUAUCUUCACAAAAAUGACAUAGUGUACAGAGGACUUAAACCGGAAGACAUCCUGAUCUCAAGAGAUGGUCACGUCAAGUUAACCGACUUCGGGUUUGCCAAAGUUGUGUAUUCCCAUACCUACACGCUCUGUGGCACCCCGGAAUAUCUGGCUCCCGAAGUAUUGCUGAACAAGGGUCACGGCAAACCAGUGGAUUGGUGGUCGUUUGGAGUAUUUGUGUUCGAAAUGUUGGUGGGACAGCCGCCAUUUUGUUCCGAGGACCCCAUGGAAAUAUACCAGAGAAUUUUAUCGGGAAAAACGUUCUUUCCCAGCUAUAUCUCGUCUGAUGCAAAACACUUGAUCAAGGGACUGCUGCGCAACGACGUGACGAAGCGGAUGUCCUCUUCUGCCGUCUUCUCUCACCCGUGGUUCAACACACUUGACUGGGACAGCCUCCUGGCUCAGAAAGUUCCACCUCCGUUUGUGCCCAGAAUAACGCAUGAUGGUGACAUCAAUUGUUUUGAAACAUAUCCAGAGCCUUCCCAUGGCUCCUCUACUCCUAUCCAACAAAGCAGGAUAGAGGCUAAUUUCGCUGAUUUUUAAUGCAAUGUAGGAGCUAGGAUCAUUUCUUCAUGUUUUAGGGCACAGUUUUACUAACUGUACCCUACAGAGCACAUAUAGUUUAAUAGUACAUGUAUUCAGUUAGAUUCUAUGAUAAGACUGAAAACGUCGUAGAACAGAGAGACUGGAUUUAGAUUAGUACUUGAAAAUUUGAUCUAGUGUUGAACAGAUCGUUCCCCGGACGAGAAAAGACAUGGCUGCUGUGACAAGUAGGGUAUUUAUUAACAGAAUGAACAAACAAGACUGAAAUGUGAACAAAUAGGUGAUUAAUGUAGAUCUACUUUCAGCGACACUGUGGUAUUGAUUAGAACGCUCUAUUUGAACCAUACAUAGGAAUUAAAUGGUGCUAACAGAUGAAAUACGCUC